AUGACUGCAAAAAACGAAUCCGAUUAUCUUCAUAAUAAACAAAACAUUUGCAAUGACCAAUAUGGCAGGAAUAACGUUGAGAUAGAUAUAAUUCAGUUGGAUUCAUCUGAUGAAAGCAUUGAAAAUGAAAAUGUCGGUGAUGGCAAAUUCUGGCAACUGAUGCGUGCCUGUUCACAGCAAAAAGUUGGAGUGCAUUCAUACUCAUACCGAAAGCAGCAAUAUUGUGCCAUUGGUAACGUCGUAUUUCAUAGCAUGGCUAGAACGAAUUUGAGAGCAUGUUUGGAUGAUAAUAAUGUGCAUUAUUAUGAUGUCGGUAGCGUGAUUCAAUUGUGUACUGUUAUCAAAACUUCGACUUACGGAAUGUAUUUGAAAAGGCUUUCCAAACAAAAAUUCAGGCAUCUUCUUGCUGUGGCCGAGCCAAUUUUUCAACAGUUAAAGCCAUAUUUGUUGGGUGAAACAGAAAUACGGCCUUCUGUCAUUGAUCCAAAUGGACCUGUGCCGGUGUUGAAAGAGGUUUCGUUGUUUAAUGAUAAACGCUUGCAAGAAAAAGUCUCGGUACCUUCGACAGCUUCGUCCACAAAAGCUAUUAAUGAACAAAUAACAAUCAAUGGUAUUGAAGGUGAAUUUUUUGAAAAUCCAUGUUACAUGGAAUUUUUAAUGAAUUGGCUUAUGCACACAAAUCUGGAGUGCGUUAAGAAUACCUGUGAUGAAAAUUGUCAUCACGUUUUUAUGACGAUUAAUCACCUACCAGCUUCGCACUUCUUUGGUUCUGGCUUUGGUUUGGAUCGAAAGAAAGCAUUCUGGGCAGCGAGUCGAAGUAUUGUAAGACGGUUGUAUCAUGCGGGUUUUAUAACACCGUUUUUAUAUCAUACAAUUGGAAAAUCAGAUAGAUCUGAAUUCUCUGGAAAGAUAAAACGUUGGCGACGCAUGAAAGAAUGGAAAAUUGUAAAGAAUGCUAUUCAGUGGUUCAGGAAAACGAUGACAGCAAGAAUGCCGCAGUGGGUUCAACUUGGCAAGAAUGGAUUCAAUACUGAGGAAUUUGUGAAAAUGACGGAUGAGGUGCUUGGUGUUAGUCGAGCUAUAACACAAAAGAAUGAAAUGAAAUUGGAUGGACUUAUAAAAAGGAAACGAAAAUCGCAUGAAUCCAUGGAAUUUUUGAUGGAAAUGAAGAGAAACAAGAAUUUUUCUAAAAAAGAGGCUGAAGAAAGAAAACUAGACGGAAAAGCCAAUUUUUUAAAUCCUUUGAAUAUGCCGUCAUCAAGCACUGCAUUGAUACCCAAUUCUGAAGUGAAUUCUUAUAACAACUCAAGAACGACGUUGAAAGAUGGCGUUAUUUCUAUGAAUGAUGCAUUUCAUACCUCCCUCAUGAAAACUGUAAAAACGCCAAUAAACAGCAAUCAAAAUGCCAAUCUUAGUGAUUGUGCCGCUGUGGAGGAAGUGAAUGCUAAAUCGAAGGCUAAAUCAUUUGAAAAUCUGUCUGUUAUUAAUAUUGCACAUGGAAAUUUAUCUUGUUAUGAAAUUGCAGAUAAUGCAGAUGUGAUUUUAGAAGAAGUUCUGCCGCCUGUAAACAUACAAGCUGCAAUUACGCCUUCGCCAUCUUCCAGCAGUUCAGGAUCAAAAUAUGGAACCUUGUGCUCAGUUUUAGGAGUUAGCUGUGUAGAAGAAACGUUGGCCGUACGUAAUGUUAUUAGGGAAAAGAGGGCAGCGUUUCCAAAAGAAUUCAAAUCGUUUGAUGAACAUAUUUGGAGGCAUUUUCAGAUCAAUGGACAGGAUGACCGAACCUUUUCAUGGAAAAUGACAGUUCGACAAAAGCUUUUAACACUUAUUCGUCAGGUUUAUAAGGACUCUAAUUUGAUAGCCGUUGGUUCGACUGUAAAUGGUUGUGGUUCAUAUAACUCAGAUAUGGAUUUAUGUAUUUGCCAGCCUUACAAAAAUCAUAGCUUUGAGGCCAACAGAAG